CAAGCAGAGAGAAGAAGGAAGCUGUCACUCCACCCUGCAACGUCUGCCUGGCCUCUGCUUCCCAGCCAGCUGCUUGACGCCCACAGCCAAAGGCAGGAGGAGAGCAGGGAGCCUGCCCAAGGUCGCGUGUCCAGGUGAGGUGCUUUAGAAUCAGGAUGCCCAGUACUCGAAUUUCAGACCCUGGAUCCAAACCGCCUACUGCUCUGCAUCAUUAGAGGGGAAGUCUGCCAACGGUGGAGGAAAGAGGGGAAGAGGCCGGGGCAUCAGUCAUUCAGUCGUAUAGAAGAGAGGCUGAACUCCUUUUCUCAGGAUCCCAUGGCAAUGGAUUGGUGGAGGAACAAUUUCUGGAUCAUCUUGGCUGUGGCCAUCAUCUUUGUCUGCGUGGGCCUGAGCAUCUUCCUGUUCUGUGUCUGUAGGUGUCUGUUUAGACAAGGCAAGAAAUGCGAAAUUGCCAAGCCCUUGAAACAAAAGCAGAGAGAUGAAGAAACGAUGUAUGAGAAUGUUACCAAUCAAUUCUCAGUUCAAUUACCCCCUCUGCCACCCAGGGGUGUGCUUUCUCCAGAAGUUGCCUCCCCACAGGAAACCCCAAGUCGGCCACCAGCUGCAUACUCCUCAGUACCUAAAGUUAGAAAUAAGAAGACAGUGGCCGUCCCAAGCUAUAUUGAGCCUGACGAUGACUAUGAUGACGUUGAUAACCCUGCACAUAUGGAAAACCAUCAUCUUGAAACAACCGCUUCUUCUUUUUGACAAGCAGAAGAGGGUUCGUUCACACAGCUUAUUUUAAACCGUCAAGAAUGGUCGAACUUCAGUAGGUAUCCGGGUCCGAAAGCCAGUGGUAAUGGUACGAGCUCUGUAAGAUAAGCACUUCCUGAAUCGUAGAUGAAGAAGCAUCAGUGAUCAGAUAAUCGCAGCCAGAGGAAAAACGCCCAUGCUCAGCUCUGAGGAGUCAGUCCUUGAGCUUCUGCUGAGUGAGGUUCCAGGCGGGGGACCACUGGGUUCCGCCGUCCCCACCCGUGAGGAGACACUCAGUUCCCGGCACUCUUCCCCUGUUUGUGUGGUUCUAAGUGAUCUUAAAACUUGGCGUUUGAUUGUACAGAGCCUCCCAGGCUCCUAUCCCCAGCACAGCCCUCACCAAGCACAUGUCUUGCCCCCCCACGCCCCAUCUCCCACACUGAGCGGCUACGGGUGGUAGUUACAGCUAAGCGCUCUUGUGCGCAAGCCACCCGUCACACCUUGUGUGUCCUUCAAGGGUGGGGGAAUGUUUUUGUUCUUGUGGACCCUCCCCACCUACACAAUCCCAAACCCCAGGGCCUCUCUAUGAUGUCAGCCAAACUGACCACAGAGACCCAAGUUCCCAGCCAGGGUUUUUCCACUGCUUGCCAGCUGCACCAUAACAAUCAACAAAGAACAGAAGUCACCUUCCAGACCACAGGACAGAAGUUACCCAUAGAGGUGUUCAUUUUGUAUAUUGGGGGAGCUACAGGGAAAGUAGGUUUCCCCAGGAAAAAUCAUGGGGAACAGGAAAGAAAGGGGUGAUUACGUGGCAGAUUCAAGAUGAGAGUUCAGGGGGCUAAAUACCCUCCUCCGAUGUUUUCAUUACUGUUUCCUCCCUUGUGUAGAGUUCAAGGCAAACAGCGUCAAGCCCCUCCCUGCCAGACCCCUGUCCCCAAGUGGCCGGGAGGCAGAAACUCUGAUACAAUAUGCAGCUAAUGACAUGCCCGGGGAGCUGGGCUGUUGUCCUGUUAAGCAAGUGUCCUAAGGGGUCGCCAAGGCCCAUGUCAGCUUUGGAGGCCCUGAACAUCACCGGUCCCUUCAGGUUGAUCUGCUAGAGCCCGAGGACUUGACACUUCUUUCUAACCAAACUCACAAGAUGCUGACUUCUAAGCGACCCCUGGGAAAUCCAGCUAACAGGCUUGCAGGGAGAGCACCAUGAAUGGUGAAAAGGUGACCCUUGGGCUGAGCUCCUCCUCAAGAGAUGGAAAGUAUGUUCCUGCCAUAUUUAAGCUUCCGCCCUCAACCACUGCAGGAGCAGUGGGGACGUGUCCUUCCUCCCCAGUUCUCUCUUUCUAGACUCCAAGGAAACUUCCAGCGUCUUAUAAUACCUCCUUUGAGGCCAGUGGUUCUCUAACUAUGGCCUUAGGGAACUCUGGUAUUCCGUGAGCCAAAGAGAGGACUCGUUUCUUAAAUUACGGAAAAAAAAAAAAAAAAGGCUAAAG